UUUACAAAAUAAUAUAAAUUAUUAUUUUGGUUUUUAAAUAACACAUUUUAUUUAUUUUGUUUUGAAUAUAUAAAGUGUUGUCAAGUAUGGGUCCUCCACCGGUUGUUACUGGCAUUUCUCCAAAAGAAGGCCCUCCCGGAACAAGAGUAACUAUUCGUGGGGAGUUUCUUGGAUCCAGUCCCAGUGAUCUAAUUGGAUUAAAAAUAUGUGGGUGUGACUGUCUUUUAUCUGCGGAAUGGAAGAGCAAAAAUAAAAUAGUCGCCAGGUCGGGCCCGUGUAAGGGUCGGGGUGAUAUAAUUGUGACGACUAAAUCGGGAGGCGAGGGAACAUCUACUGUGCAAUUUAGAGGUUAUCAUGAGUCUAUAGGACCUGUUAAGGAGAGUGCCGUGUGGGUGGAAGAAGCAGCUCCACCUUCCCUACCAUGGGGUAGGAGACCAAUGUCCCCCACUGUUUAUACCCCUCCAGAUCCCUUGGGUCUCUCCACUGAGGGAGAUGAGAGCAAAUUCCCAGAAGAAGAACUUAAUGAGCUGUUUCCAGAAGGAUCAGGAAAGUUGACAGAUGAAAGUUUUCAACCUCUGUGGUAUCUUUUGGAGCAUCACAGCAACACAUCAUUUGAAGAUCUCAAAGCUGGAAUGGUGUUUUUGCAGAGAAAGGUGGAGGGGCAGAAAGAGGGGCAACUCAGUUUCUUAAAAGCUAAUACAGGAGCUGUGAUGGAUCAACUAGAUCGCUUGGUUUUACUGAAAAAUAUGUUUGAAGAAGAUCAGAGGAAGAAUGGAAAGGAACCUCUUCUAAGUUUACAAGCGGCUAUUGAGGAAUCUAUAACACUUGCGGACUCAUUAUUCUCUGAGAUACUGGCGCGCAAGGAUCACGCGGACAAAACGCGCGAAGCAUUGUCUCUGUUGACUCGGCACAAGUUCCUCUUCCAACUACCCGCGUCCAUCGACAAGAACAUCCGCAAAAAGGAGUAUGAUCUAGUCGUAAAUGAUUACACUAGAGUGAAGAAUUUGUUUGGAAAUACUGAUGUCAAGCUCUUCCAAAAAAUCCUUGGUGAGAUUGAUAAAAAGAUUGAAGAGUUGAAAGUGGACUUACACACUAGAAUGGUCACAAUGCCUUGUAAUGUUCAGGAUCAAACCAAAUAUAUCAGGCUGCUUAUCAGUUUGAAUUGGAAUGGAGACGCGGCGUGGGACGCCAUACUUGCCCGCAAAGAGUAUCUUAUGUGUCUUCUGAAUAAAGUUAAGGAUCAUUUUAAACAAAAAGAAGAACAGGAAACGAAUGAUAAAGGUCGUAAGUCAGGGCGUGACUCUGGCAGCGGCGUGUGGGGGGCGGGGCGCGGGACGUGGUGCGGCGCGGCGUGCGGCGCGCUGGCGGCCGAGCUGCACGCGCUGUGGCCGCUAGCACGACGAUACUUCGCCGAUUUCGCCGGCACGACAGCUGACCCGCAACGCCAGGACCAGCUGAAGGAGAUGAUAAUCGCCGCCGUGGAGCUGUUCUCGGAGCACAUGCGGGCGUGCCUGUUGCCCGCGGGGGGCGGGGCCGGGAGCGGGGCGUCGAGCGGGGUAGGUGCGGACGUGAUCCGCGCGCGCCUGCUCGCCAACCUGCAGUACUUGCGCGAGGCGUACGACUCGCUACUCAAGUUGGAUCUGCCGUCACAGCCGCUAGCUAUAGUGGAGAAGAUAAUAUUCGAGUACCGCGUGUUCGGCAUGACGGUGUUCCUGCAGCGCGCGCACCGCCGCGUCAGGGCGCUGCCGGACAAGGAGACGUGGCGGAUCAGGGAGUACACCGACUACGGCGCUAUCACCGACCUCCCGCACCUCCUCGAGUCGUACAUAGACGAGGCGCUAUCGUCCAUCCACAAGUGCGUGUCGUGGGGCGGGCGGCGCGAGAGCUCGCUGCUGGGGGCGGGGGAGCCGCGCGCCGCCCUACACUCCCACACGCAGCAGAUCCUGCUGGCGUACGUCGCCGUGCUACAGGACCUGGCGAUGCAGGACGCUGACCAGGAGUUCAACAAUACGAGUUUAUCCGUGGCGCUAGAGCAGCGUGCUGAGGAGCGGGGUGCGGCGCGGGGUGGAGCGCGGGGAGGGGCGGGGCGAGCGUGGCAGCAGCGGCUACUGUUGGCCGCCGCCAACGCGCAGCGUACGCGGUUGGCGUCCUUGCCGCAUAUAGCUGAGACAUUCGAAAGGUUCGAGUUCCCAAAGCCAGCACUAGCACUGCAGACCGCUGAGGAGGCGUUGAGCAACUUGGAGUCGAGUAUCGCUGAGACGUAUUUGGAGCACAAGGGCGACCCACUGGUGGGCACGAUCGAGCCCAGCAUGUACAUGGGCCAGCAGAGAAUAGACCCCGACACGGUGGUAGAGGACGCGCGCCCGUAUGUGUACGAGAUCAUAAACAACUUGAUUGCCGUCCAUGCUGAGGUGGACAGCAUCUGCGGCGGGGGCGGCGGGGGCGGGGGCGGUCGCUACGUGCGCAACAUCUGUGAGACGGUGUGCGACAUGGUGUGCGAGGAGCUGGCGCGGCUGCUGCGGGGGGCGGUGCCGCCGCGGGCCCCCGCCUUCCGCGCCCGACUCGAGCUGGCGCUCCUGCAGGCUGCCUGCGUGCAACACCUCACUCCGAAGGCUGAGAAUUAUUUGAGUGAGACUUUGAAAACCAUUCCACCGCUGGAAACUCAGGAGGAGAAAAGACGCAUGGAAACGCUCCUACAGGGCAUCAAACAGAAGAUGUCUCUACAACUCGCGAGCCUCAACUGUAACGUCGAAGUCAUAUAAAUCACAUUGCGAAAUGUAUAGAAAACUAUAUUAGGUGAGCCGUGAGACUAUUAUGAAUUAUAAUUAGACUAGACAGGUGGCUUUGGUAGAUAGUAAAUAUUAGAAAGUAUUUAUAGAAAUACUUGUUAUAUUUAUACCUAUAAUUGAUAUGUUUGUAAAAAAAAUAUGCCGGUCUCAAAGCAAUGUUUAAAGGAAAUAAUAUUAUGUAACAUAAAGUAGUUU